AUGACUGCAAAGCACGGGGAGUCGGCUCCCAUUCUCCAACGAACUUAUUUUACACCAGCAGUGCCCACCAGCACGCAAGAACCUGCGGCAGCGGCAGGGGAAAAGAAGCGUAAUAAGCUUGGAUAUCACAGAACAGUGAUAGCAUGCAACUGCAUCUUCUGCCCUGUUGACCAGCCACCGACAGUGGACUCACAAGGCAAGCCUGCUGGCCCAAGAACUGGCAGCUCAACAGCGCAUUCGCAUUUCUCCUCGCCAGCGCUCGCAUUUCGGCAUUCCGUUGACAUGGCAUCAGAAUCCAUGUACGGGAUGGGACCGAAGCAGGAUCCCAAUGGGCACGCGGCAUCCGCUAUUGCGCAGUCCAGUGUUGGGUAUCUGAGCGUUAUUGGUGAAGGAGUAAGCAUGCCGAUUGCCCCCGAACAGGACUUUAGUGUCUCAACGGGAACGAGUCUCGCCUGGGGAACCGUCGAGCCAAGCCCAGUUACACUGCCUGGAUCCAAGGAUAAGGGCUAUGAGUGGUGUCCAUAUGGCAGCGGAUCUGACUCUACAGAACAAAUAUCGCCUUUCGCCUCUGGAUCAACCACUCCAGCGACUUGGGUGACCACAAUGCCCAGAACGCCCCAGUUCACCGACUGGAACUGGAACAACGGUAUACUUUCGACGGCACAAGCGAUAUCCGCGUCCUUCAGUGGCGAAGUCAUGAGUCACCCGCAGCAUCAAUUCGUACCUGUUUCAAGCAAAUCGCCGUAUAAUGGGGCGGUCCCUAAUAUGGGGAACACGUUUACGUUGCCGAUGAACCAGGCCUCGGUAGCAGGCCAUCUGCCUAGCCAAGCCUGCGACCCCAGCGGCGGAUGGCAACCACAGCAACAGUCGAUGCUCUGA